UGGAAAGGUUGAAAAAGUUGUAGAGUUAGUUGGCACACGCUAUUUAUACCUCACAAAUAUCUCUAUCCACACAUAACUGAUAAACUAACGAAGAAAAAACAGAGUGCAAAUUUCAGUUACAGUCACAAUGGUGCACCCAGUAGCAGAGGCUAACGAUCAUAGCCCCUUCGGAACCCUAACUCCGGACGAGUUCUACACUCGUCACUCAGUCACUCACGAUUCCGAGUUCAUAACUAACUCUAGAGGCCUCAAACUCUUUACACAAUGGUGGAUCCCUAAACCUCCAACUAAAAUCAUCGGAAUCCUCGCCGUCGUUCACGGCUACACCGGCGAGUCCAGCUGGAUGAUCCAACUAACCUCCGUCUACUUCGCCAAAGCCGGAUUCGCCACAUGCGCUAUCGAUCACCAAGGCCACGGUUUCUCCGACGGUUUAAUCGCUCAUAUUCCUGAUAUUAAUCCCGUUGUUGAUGACUGCAUCACUUUCUUUGAAUCAUUCCGUUCUCGCUUCGGUUCGUCGUUGCCGUCUUUUCUGUAUUCGGAAUCUCUCGGCGGAGCUAUUGCGCUUCUUAUUACUCUCCGCCGUAGCGGUUCGCCGUGGAACGGUCUUAUCCUCAACGGCGCUAUGUGUGGAAUCAGUGAUAAAUUCAAACCGCCGUGGCCGUUAGAACACUUUCUCGCACUUGCUGUGGCGAUAAUUCCUACGUGGCGCGUGGUUCCAACGCGCGGAUCGAUUCCUGAUGUUUCGUUUAAAGAGGAGUGGAAGAGGAAGCUUGCGAUUGCGAGUCCGAAGAGAACGAUGGAUCGUCCACGCGCCUCGACGGCGCAGGAAUUGUUGAGGAUUUGUCGUGAACUGCAGGGAAGGUAUGAGGAAGUUGAUGUGCCGUUUCUGGUUGUGCAUGGAGGUGGCGACGUGGUUUGUGAUCCGGCUUGUGUUGAGGAGUUGUACUCACGCGCCGGGAGUAAAGAUAAGACGCUGAAGAUAUAUGAUGGGAUGUGGCAUCAGUUAGUUGGGGAACCUGAAGAAAAUGUGGAAUUGGUGUUUGGGGAUAUUUUGGAAUGGCUUACCAAACGCGCCACCGUGAACGGUGAAACUUAGAUAGUGGGCCAAGCCGUUGUACUUUGUUUAAUUUCGAUAUUUCUGAUAAAAUAAA